UACAAAUACACUGAAGAAAUAAGCAAACAAACCAACAAACAGACAAAAAGUGCAAACAAUAAAUCAUUAAAGAAGAUAUGGGAACGCGUUUAGCCAGCAGUUAUUCCAUUACCGAUGGGGGGAAUUCAUCUUACGAGCACCUAAACUUUUCGAUUGACGCAUCAGCAACCCUGGUGGAGACUGCGUCAACAAAAGUCAUAACAACGCUAGCCGAUUUCCGCAGCAAUCAAGUAAAUGAAGAAGGAACUGGAUUAGGAGGAAUCGAGUUCGGUUGGAGCAAUGAUUCAGCAAUAAUCAGCUCAACUGCCAGCAAUACUUCGAUAAAUAUUGGAGCUGGAAGUGCUGGUGGAGCUGGUAGUAAUUUAAGUAGCUCGAUAGCCGACAACUAUACGUCAAUAUCGGAUCUCUUCGUAUUCAACGAUCUCAAUGACUACAUAAACAGGCUCAAUUACAGUGCGUUUGCGAACUUGAGUGGGUACUACGACGGUGGUGUGAUUGGUGGUCUGAAUCUGACUGGCACAGUAAACGCCAGUUGUGUGUCUAUCAAUCAAACAACCAGCGGCAACGGUGUUGUCUCGGUCGGUGGUGAGUGCAGUGUCAAUGAAGAUGAAAAGUCCGAUGUUAAUAAUUGGUGGGCUCUAAUUCUCGUUAUCGUACCUUGUUUGACAUUGUUUGGCAAUGUCCUCGUCAUACUCGCGGUCUUCAGAGAACGAACCUUGCAAACUGUUACCAAUUACUUCAUUGUUAGUCUAGCUCUCGCUGAUUUACUUGUCGCGGUUGUGGUUAUGCCUUUUGCUGUUUACGUUUUGGUAAAUGGCGCAUGGGCAUUAUCAGCAUUUAUAUGUGACUUUUAUAUAGCAAUGGAUGUAACAUGUAGCACCAGUUCAAUAUUUAAUUUAGUAGCAAUUUCAAUUGACAGGUACAUAGCUGUCACACAGCCAAUAAAAUAUGCCAAACACAAAAACAAUAGGAGAGUAUGGAUGACUAUUUUGCUAGUAUGGGCAAUUUCUGCAGCAAUCGGCAGCCCGAUCGUUCUUGGCCUAAAUAAUACUCCAGAUCGUGUGCCGGAUUUGUGUUUAUUCUAUAACUCUGAUUUUAUCUUAUACUCAAGUUUAUCGAGCUUUUAUAUUCCUUGUAUUAUUAUGGUCUUCUUGUAUUGGAAUAUUUUCAAGGCACUUCGAAUACGUGCAGCCAGAGCACGAGCUCACAAAAAAUCUAAUUUACGAGAUAUCAAACCAAAUAGCAUAAUUGAAAACGUAAUACACACUCAACGUGUUUAUUCUGUCGCAAGGUUUGCUGAAACGGCACUGGGAACAGCCACUCUAGUGGCGCCGGUACACGAAGAGCCGACAAAUACAGCCUCCGGUAGCAACGAGGACGAGGACGAGACGCCAGUUGACCCGGUGGUUGUCAUAUCAAAUGACAAGAGUACUGAAUUUUUUAUGGCGACUGUCGUCGAGGAAGCUGCGGUCGUUGCGAAGGCCCAUUUGUCGGGUUCAAAUUCAGCUAAGAAUAUGACAAAUCUGUGUCUGGAGGAUGGGAUGAGUAGCACGCAGCUGCACGACACAAUAGACACAAAUUCAAGUCCUAGUCCUAACCCGAGAAUAACCUCGGCGCCGUCCUCUUCUACCUCAUCCUCGCCCCCGCCGAGAAGUGCUACACAGAUAAAAAAAAGCACAAAUGGAGUUAACAAGCAGGGGCUGAAGAAAUUGAAGAGCACUGGGUCACUGCUGCCAGCCCCAUUCAAACGUAGUCCUAGUGUCCUUAAUGUUGAGCCAAAAAAAGAUAAGAAAGUUACUGACGGGAGCUCGAGGUUCACGAUAUAUAAGGCCAAUAAAACCAGCAAAAAGAAGAGGGAAAAAAGUUCCGUUAAGAAGGAACGGAAAGCUACCAAAACAUUGGCCAUCGUCCUCGGAGUUUUUCUAAUAUGCUGGGUACCAUUUUUCACUUGUAACGUAAUGGACGCCCUCUGCUCUAAACUAAAAAUGGACUGUCAACCCGGCGUAACAGCUUUCAUCGUCACGUCUUGGCUGGGCUAUAUGAACAGCUUCGUAAAUCCCGUGAUCUACACAGUCUUCAAUCCCGAAUUUCGCAAAGCGUUCCGUAAACUUAUGAAAAUUUAA